UGCGCUCGUCGAUCAUCGAUGUCGAUGAAGUUUAUCAAGUGACAUUAGUGUUGCAACUGUAUCGAUUAUUUAAGUUAGUAUUUUGACAUUUUAUUCGAAUUGGAAAGAUUCUCGUAUGUGAUGUGCCAUCGAGAUAUCGAUAAUCGACAGUGAGUGAUAAUAGUGUCGAAAUGGCUCAAAACAUCGUACUGUUUGCAACACUGGCUUGCAUCUAUUCCGCAGCAGCUAAGGCAGGCAGUCGCGUACAGGUGCCUGCAACCAGGUUCACCUGCGUGGGCAGACCUUCUGGGUACUAUGCAGACGUGGACACCGGGUGUCAGGUUUACCACAUGUGCGACGGGCUGGGUCGUCAGUUUAGCUACUCGUGCCCCAACACCACACUGUUCCAGCAACGGAUGCUAGUGUGCGACCACUGGUACAUGGUCAACUGUUCAAACUCGGAGAGCGACUACGAUGCCAACUUGCUCAUUGGACAGAGAGACAAACCCUUCGUGUCUGAGGAGGAGAUGCGCCAGAGAACCCCACGACCUGAUAUACUGUCUGUACCUCCCAACAAUAACUUCUACGAUGGUCUACGGGAAUCUGAAUCUAAGUUUUCAAUACACCCUGGAAACAGUAUAGUUGGUAUCGCAGACUCCAUCUCCAAUAACAAUGAUCUCGACAGCGACAAACAAAACUAUCGUCCGCCUUCCUCGUGGUCUACUGGCGUAGGCCAAAGACCAACAGCACCCAGCAUAUCUGUCGAUAAUGAAGACGACUCCUCUAACACAAAGACGAAUAUUUCACCAGAUAUAACUGAUGUUGGGACUAAUCAUGACCAAUUUGGCAAUAAAAGACCAUCCACGAUUCAUACCCCGAUAUUCGAAAACCCAACCAACGUCAACUUACCUUCCAAAGUAUUGCUUCCACCUCUAAACCCAUCAACAACUACAGAAGCCUAUCCGAUCGAUAUAAGACUGAAAAACUCUCAAGAUCCUGUCUACAAUUUCAUCAAACGUUUUGAUCCAAAUUCACCCGAUAAUUUAGGAACGUCAAUGACUAAAACUCAGAUAUUAGAUAUCAACAAACAAUUGCCAGUAGGUCAAGACAGUUCGGAAGAAGAUCGAAUCGAAAGAAAGAACAAAAACUUUGGCAACAACAUCAACGUUGUCAAAGGGGAUAAAAAGAAAACCACAGAAGAAAAAGCAAGAUUUGAUACUGUUAAUGUAAAGGAAGAACCGAUCUCGAAUAUAAAUCCGAAUAAUGUACAAGCACCUAGUAGAGAACUGGAGCUCCCUAAAUUAGAUUUCCCCGCAACAACCUUAACUACAACAAUGGGACCUCCUAUAUACUAUCAAUGGAAAUGGGCUGUGCCAGCAUUCGAUUUAGAACUACCUAAGGUUGCAAAUUUCACAAACAUAAGCGAUUCUCCACAACCGAAACCGGGAAAGAGACCAUUCAGUAACAUACCGAGGACCACGCCUCGCACAAUAGACCUUACACCAAGUAAUACAGAAUACAACAUAAGUUCAUACUUUGUUCCCGAUUAUGUGUUUCCUCUGGACAGUCCCCAUCCAGGGUACGGUGAUGAAGAUGCCCGGACUUCCUUCCAGGUUGACGUGUCGCGACCAGGAAGAUCAAGCUAUGGUGAAAAUCCUAAAUGCCCUCAUUGUCAUCCAGCAUAUGUAAUACCAGGAACAUGUGAACCAUGUAUUGUGAAAGGAUAACUUAUUGUAAAUAAUUAUUAUAAGACUAUUACAAUAUUGUUACCGAAUGUCACAAAUUCUACCAUUUAAAUGAAUUAAUGGUAGGUAUUAAGAAAAUUCUUCAUAUAAAGACUGUAUUAGUAUGCAGUGUAACCUAAUUAGAUAGUUGACAAUCAAUACAUCGCAUUUAUAAAAAAAAUAAUGUUAAAUUAAUUAACUUUCUACCUUAUUCACUGUUAAUUUAUGUUCUUACCUUUUAACUUUUGUUUGCUACGAAGAAUGCCAAUCCUUUGGGAUCUUUUCAGCACUUAGUGUGAUAGAUAUAAUCGUAGAUUCAGUAAUCAUAUUUAUAUUUAAACUUAAAAAAGCAGUCAGCUUAAAUCUUCUUACUUAUUCCUUGAUAUUUUAAUCUACUUACAUUAGUAAAUAUGGUAGUGCUUACCUACCUACCUAUCUAUAUAAAAGUGUAUUUUUCUCACCUCGAUGUUAAGCUGUCUUUUAGUCCCUGGUACGAGGGACAAAAGUGGUCGAUUCUCUCCCGGCUAGACGACUUUUGUCCAUCGUACCAGUGACUAAAAGCGAGCUUUUCAUCAGGUGGGAAAAAAAUCGUAUACGCACCACGUGAGAUAAGUAGGACAUUUCCACCCGCGAUUGUAACCGUUCCUUCGGCUCGGGUGUCAAUAUUCCGCGGGUGAGAAUUACCUACUUUUCUCCCUAGGUGCGUAAUAUACCUACUAUUAUUGAUGUCAUAAUCCAAGAAUUUGUCUUGCCAUGUAUCGCCAAUUUAGUUUACUCACAGUUAUUAUUGUGUUAUAAUGAAUGAAAAAUUCGUUAAAUGUUUAUGUGUUCAAUAAGUACCUAACUACCGGUUUGUUAUAAUUAUAAGUAAUUGUUAAUAAAAUGUUAUGAAAAUAUGUUAUUGACUGUAUAACAUAUUAUUCAUGAGAAUAUUAAAGUUA